AGUGUGCGGAUGGAAACAGAGGGAGGUAGCUGGGUAGCUAGGCUAGCGGCUGAGCUCGGAGCUGUCUUUGUUUUUAUUGGGAUUUUGAUAUAAAGCAGGAGAAUGAGGCUGUAUUAGACAGAGCAGUCACUCUGAGGGGGAAUAUUGUGAGUAGGGGCAGCGGGCGGAGGUGAAUGGUAAGGGUGGUGUGGGUGUUUUAUCGUGUGAGAAGCUCUUUCGGUUCUUUUGUCUGUCUGAGUCUCUCGGUAUCCGAGUUAAAAUAUCCGCUUUGGCCGCGACGAAGCUCGACUUCUCCCCCUCAUGACUUCGCCUGUUUCUCAGUAGGACGGAUUUCCACACGCCCGACAGUACAUUUCUAAACAACCACUUGAUACUUUUGAACCUGGUGCUGUUCAGUUGUUAUAUCUGAGAAACACAUCAUGUACGCCCCACCGGGACCUGCUCUCCCUGGAACCCGCAGGAGAAGAGGUGGAACAGCACUGCCCAAACAACCCGAACGAAGUUUGGCUUCUGCGCUGCCUGGCGCACUAUCCAUCACGGCCCUGUGCACAGCCCUGGCCGAGCCAGCCUGGCUGCGGGUGCACGGGGGAACCUGCCCGAGGCAGGAGCUUGGAGUGGCUGACGUUCUGGGAUACAUAGACGAGACACUUAUUAAAGACUAUUGCAUUAACUCCCAGACCAUUCUGCUGUUGCGAGUUAUUGCUGCCUUCUGUUUCCUGGGCAUUUUAUGUAGCCUGACAGCUUUUCUACUGGACGUCUUUGGACCCAAACACCCUGCUCUCAAGAUUACACGCCGAUAUGCCUUUGCUCACAUUCUUACAGUGCUCCAGUGUGCCACUGUGAUUGGUUUCUGCUACUGGGCCUCAGAGCUCAUCCUCUCUCUUCAGCAGCAGCACAAGAAGUAUCAUGGUUCACUUAUCUACGUUACCUUUGCCAUCAGCUUCUAUCUGGUGGCAGGAGCUGGAGGAGCUUCCAUCUUGGCCACGGCUGCCAACCUGCUCCGUCAUUACCCCACUGAGGAAGAGGAGCAGGCCCUAGAGCUCCUCUCAGAGAUGGAGGAGAGCAGUGAAACUUUCCCUGCUGACUACGAUAUUGCCAACCAGUUCCAGCCUCCACCUGCUUACACACCCUGAUCUGGAUUUCAAACCAGCGUGCUUAUUCCUUUCCUGUAUACUCGCAUCCAUGCUUCAGGUACCACUGUCAACCUCCAAACAAACCAUGGACUGAGAGACUUGUAGAUUCCAGUUGCCAAGUCACGAGUUACAUACAUAAAUUAUGUAGGCUGAAUACCUAAAAUACUACAUCAUAUGCAAACAUAAUUGUAUAUCCAUGCACAGACUUGAAGUAGCAGUUCGGCUCUUGCUUCAGUGCAUGGAACAAAUUAACAAGUUUCAGCAUCGCUGCUUUUAGGAUUGCUGAUUAACAUGAAAAGUUAAUCUUUUCUUAUAGUAGUUUGCAUGUAAAUGGCAGUAAAGGUCCCUUACAAAACUGCUUUAAAAAUGACAUAAUGACAGCAUUUCAUGUGUUUUUGGCAUGCAGUCUUCUGGCUGCUUCUUGGGCACUUUAAAUUGUGGGCUUUGGGAGAACUUUCCAUAUCCUUUGCAUUCCCCCCCCCCCCAUUCUGUUUAUUAAAUCACAAGUAUUUCAUAUCCUCCUUACAUUCCACCUGUACAGUGCCCCACUUCAUAGUCUUUAUUUUGAGGCAGCAUAAAUGCCCUCUUUUAAAUUUGAGUAUAACACUGUUUAUCUAGUCAUGUGCAAGCCUGCUGUUUUUUCUCAGUCAGGUUGGUCAAUUUAUUGUGUGGAUGACUGGCCAAUGGAGUGAUUUAUUUAACUGACAUUUUACUGAUUUACAAAGAGCCCACAGAAUAACACAAUUUGAAUUCUUGAUUUUAAAUAAUUGACCCUAACAAAGAGUUUGUAGACCCGUGGAGCUACCUUAAGCUUUUUUUGUGCAGUUCUAAAACAUCUGCAAAUUAUUCUUUUUAAACUUUUGUAAAGUUUUUAUGAAUUAUUUUCACUAGCUGUUUAGUUAUUGAGCUUAUUUAAAAAAAUGCACAUAAACCCCAGAGAGCACAGACUAUUUAUUAGAUUUUUUUAUAUAUAUUGUUAAUUAUUCAACCACACAUAGUCAGCAUUUACUAAGCUCUCUGUGGGAUAGCCAGUUUAAUCAGUUUUGUCAACUGUAAUUUGAUACUGUUCAAGUUUGCCAACUGAUUGUAAGUGUGCUCUUCAUUCAUUUGAGGUUUUGAUUAUAUAUCUGUUUAUCCUGUUUUGUGUGUUUGUGUGUAUUUUGCGUGCUUUGGUAGUGUUAUUGAGAUUCAGAAUGUCCAAACUUGCCACUUGUGUGAUACAGUGAAAUCAAUACAAAUUUUAAAUCAUGUUUGUAUUCACACUUUUACAGUCUAAUUUAGCAUCACCUGUUAAGUCAUUUUUAAUAUGUGCACUGUCAUGGCAUGCCCUGACAAUUUGAUACCGUAUUUGUGUUACUUGGUGGACGUUCAAAAUCUGAUUGUAAACAUGUUCUUUUCGGUUUUACAAUUUUUCUUUGUCUGCUUUAUAUUGGGGUGGUUUGUGACCGUUCAAUCAUAUUUAGUUUCUCCUUCAUUUCUUUAGCUGUAUCAUUAACAUGUAAAAAGGAUGAAUAAAAGAUUUGGUGAUGGUUUUGUGGUA